AAGGCUAACAAUAGCGCUACAACACGAGCUGCGGCCAUUUUUUAGCUCUUUGUGUGUAGCUCGUCGUCCGUCGUGGAACUGAAUUAUUUUUAAUCCAGUGACCUAUCGACGCCGCGAAUUCACCUUUUUUGCAAAAAUGCAAGGAAAUAGAGGCCCCCAGCAGAACCACGGCCCUCCCCGACAUCCCGGGCCGGGUGAUGAGAAGAAGGCCGGAGGAAGCAACGCCAACGGCCAGCACCCGGCGCACGGCGAGCAGUUAAACCCUAACGAGGCCUUAACCAUAGAUCUGCAGAACUUCAGGAAACCAGGCGAGAAAGCGUACUCCCAGCGCAGCAGGCUCUUCGUUGGAAACCUACCGACCGGGGUCACCGAGCAGGAGGUGGAGAAGCUGUUCUCUAAAUACGGCAAGCCAUCGGAGAUUUUCAUCAACAAGGACAGGGGUUUCGGAUUCAUUCGUCUGGAGACGAGGAUCCUUGCAGAAAUUGCCCGAGCCGAACUCGACGACACCUCAUUUCGGGGCAGGCAAAUACGGGUGCGCUUUGCAACACACGGUGCGGCUUUAUCUGUGAAGAAUUUGCCAGAGUUUGUUUCCAACGAGCUCCUGGAAGAGGCCUUCUCCAGCUUCGGUCAGAUAGAAAGGGCCAUAGUCAUAGUGGAUGAUAGAGGACGCCCCACGGGCAAAGGAAUUGUGGAGUACACGUCAAAGCCAGCUGCAAGGAAGGCUUUGGACAAAUGUGGUGAUGGUGCAUUUCUCCUCACCGCGUUCCCUAGACCCAUAACAGUUGAGCCUAUGGAGCAGUUUGACGACGAUGAAGGACUCCCAGAAAAGAUUAUCAGUAAAAAUCAGCAGUUUCACAAAGAGCGUGAGCAGCCACCACGAUUUGCUCAGCCAGGGUCGUUUGAGUACGAAUAUGCCAUGCGCUGGAAGGCCCUGAUGGAGAUGGAGAAGCAGCAGUAUGAAAUGGUUGACAGGAACAUGAAGGAUGCUCAAGAAAAGCUAGAAGCAGAGAUGGAGGCAGCGAGACAUGAGCAUCAGGUGAUGCUAAUGAGGCAGGAUCUACUGAGGCGUCAAGAAGAGCUGCGCAGGAUGGAGGAGCUCCAUAGCCAAGAGGUACAGAAGAGGAAGCAAGCAGAACUCCGUCAGGAGGAGGAACGUCGUCGGAGAGAAGAAGACAUGAGGAUGCGCAAUGAAGAAAUGAUGAAGAGGCAGCAGGAGGGAUUUCGGAGUAAUUUCUCGGAAAAUAGGGAGCAAGAUAUGAGGAUGCAUAUGGGAGGGCAUGGCAUGCCCAUGAACAGAAACUCAAUGGGUGGGAAUCCGGGGGCUGGUGGAGCUCCAGGUAUGUCCACUGAGAAUGCACCCCUGAUGCCAGGGCCGGGGAACAACAACAUGCCUGGUGGUGGAGGCCAGGGAAAUUUCGCCAGAGGUCUUCCAGGUGCUGGUGAUUAUGGGCCCAAUAAGCAACGCAGAUUUUAAUGAUGGAUCCAGUUUUCUUUCCUGUAUUUUAAAGUUCAGAUAGUGAACCUAACUCCUCAACUUUGAUAAAUGAUGCAUGUUUUUUUUUUCUUUUUGUUUUGUACUUUUGAGCAAGAUUUGUGUAGUAUAACUUCAAAAUCACAAAAAAUAACCAUGUCUACUUAAUUUCUUAAAUUGAUGUACUUUUCAUAGGAAUAAGUCUUUGUCAUGCAUAUGUCAGCUUUCCUGAAUAAAUUGUUGAU